UUUUGGGUGUCUUGCAGUUGCCGUGUUGAAGGCGCAUUGCCGCCGGGGAUUACAUGAGCGCGAAAUACCUAAAGACGUGAAUACACACUCUUUUCUUUACAUUUCUUUUGUUAUACAAAAGCGCUGUUGGUAUACGCGAUGGCGGUCGAUACCAGCUACUUGACCACCCAGGUCAAUAGUAUUGUCGCUCAGCUGCAUGGGAUCUAUGAUGAGAUUGGUGUCCCGAGCCAUGAGCGCGACUCCCGAGAGGCGGAGCUUUUUAAUGCUCUUUCCGAUACUCUAAAUAACCAUCUAAAACUUGUUGACAAUGAGAAAAAGGAGAUGACAGAUGAAGCGCGACAGCUCAUAACAGCCAUCGGGCAAAUGGAGGACUCGUUAGAGGACGAGAAAGCCAAUGGCAAGUAUCAGCUGGAUCGCAAUGAUUUGUGUAUCACAUACCCCCUCAAGCGCUGUCUGAGUUUCCUUCGGGAAAAGCACAAUGCGCUUAGCAAGCUACACCGCGAGCGCUUCGAACAGGUCAAAAAACUUGUUGUGGCUCUUGAAUCAUACUCGUCUCAUCUCGAAUCAUCUUUUGUUACCAUUGCGCUUCCCCCAACUGCACCAGGAUCAGCGAUACCGCCUAGUUUCAACCUGUCUCGCCAAUAUGUGGACGAACUGAAUGACGAAUUUGCAAGAGUGUACGAAGAAUAUGAACGGCGCUUCGAAUUUGUCAAGUCCACGUGCGAAGAGAUUAUCAAGCUCUGGGCCGAGCUCGGAACCCCUCAGGCCCAGACUGAUACCAACAUCGUCAAGCACUACCGAGAGUCCCCCGAACAGCUGGGCCUUCACCAGGCGGACCUGGCUCAGCUAAAGGCAAAGCGAGAGAAGCUGCUAGAGGAGAAGAGAAAUCGUGAACGCAAGAUCGCAGACCUCAAAAACGCAGUGGAAGCACUCUGGGAGCGUUUUGGUGUUGAGGAAUGCGAUCGCAAGGCGUUCGUCUCGGCGAACCGCGGCUGUGGUCUCCGUACGAUCAACGAAUUCGAAGAAGAACUGGCGCGCCUCAACGAACUCAAAAGACAGAACCUACACCUAUUCGUCGAGGAUGCACGAUGCCGACUGCAAGAGCUAUGGGACAGCCUUUACUACUCAGAGGAAGAGAUGCUUGACUUUACCCCUGCCUUUUCUGAUGUUUAUAGCGAUGCCCUGCUAGAAGCUCAUGAGGCAGAGAUAUCACGGCUGGAGGCAUUGAAGGAACAGCGUGCCUCCGUUCUAGAGCUGGUGGAUAAGCACCGUGGUCUCCUGGCUGACCGCGAGGCUUUGGCUGUAUCAAGUCAAGAUGCAUCCCGCCUCAUGGCGCGCGGAACUAACGGACAGAGGCGUGACCCAGGCAAGCUUCUGAGGGAGGAGAAAAUGAGAAAGAGGAUUGCCAAGGAGCUGCCUAAGGUAGAAGCGGACUUGCGGAAAGAAUUGGAGAUGUUUGAGGAUGAGUAUGGACGUCCGUUCCUUGUCCACGGAGAGAGAUAUCUUGACGAACUCACUCCCGUCAUGGCCAAACCUCCACCACGCUGCAAGACUCCAUCUGCUGGUCCAGGCAGCAUAAGAGGAGGAUCCGUGAGGGCGCAGCCACCGUCUCGACCUGCCAGUGUGAUGAGAGGACCUCCACCUCCCCGCUCCGCUACGAAGACCCCUACCGGGCACGGUUCCAUGAAGUAUAAUACCAUUGGGCCAUCUAGAGCUCCCUCUAGAGCCGGAGCCAAGUCACCAUCCAAAAUACCUGCUCGCGUUCCCUUGGGCAACAUGCCUCAUGGAAGCAACUCUCCUGUUCGCAGUGGCACUCCCGGCCUCUAUUCCUCUAGCACCCUGAACGGCAAGGUCCCUUCUCGCGCACCACCACCAAGGAUGCGAGCAUUGACUGGAGGUGAAUCGCGAGAUGAGCGAAGCAGCUAUCUGUUUGAGCCUCCACGAAGUGCCAGUGCACUGUCUAAUGCCUUCGUCCGGCCUGUCAGCCCAGAAGAUGUCUACGACGAUCGUAACCAACGCUCAUUUGUAAGCUCAUCGGCUUUCUCCCAGCGAUCUACUGGAUUCUCUCAAUCAACACAGUCGUCAGCUUCGUCCCUGUCUAUGAGCUCCGCACCUGGAUACUCAAGGUCCAAUACUUACUUGCAGCGUGCUCCUCCUCCAGCACCAAGACAAGUGUCGAACGCAUCAACCGUUAACACUGCCAACUCUGGAUCGGAGAACUGGGAAACCUUCGACAGCGGGACCGAAUCCGAAGCUGAUGCUAGCGAUGUUUACUAUAACAAGCUUCGCGCCACUCAUGGCAAGCGAAUGGCCCUUGAGGAUCUAGCAGGAAAGAAGCCCAAAGGAAUUCGAAGUGUUAGCCCAGACGAGCCAGCAGCUAAUCCUAAUGGAGUUCGCGUGGCGGGGAGCGAUGUCGGAUGGACUGAUGAACUCGAACCUUACUAGACAGGAAAAAGCAAGGAAGUUCUUUGCUACACUGGAACCUUGGUUUGGCUUUUCUUGUUUGCUUUACACCUCAACGACGGACUUACGAGACCACUCGACGUUGACGAUGCUACGAAUGCUCUCGGAAUGCUUAAUUUCAUCUUAACCAGGCUGUGGACGCUGCAUUGUGGUUGGGCUUUCUGGUUACUUGACAGGCCUGAGCGACUCUGAUUGAUCGUGCCCUGUCGCGGGCAUUAAUUUC